GAAGGGAGAUAACUCUAAAGAAACCACAUGUUCAGAGCGUGAAGCGAGAAGAAACUGGAGAAACAAUAUUGAAAACACAGAAGCGUGCACACAACAAAUACUGAAUAAUGAAAAAGCAAGGAGACACCUCCUUAGGCAAGAAGUCUAAUAAAAAUAAAAGUUCUCGAAGCAAUCCAGAGGGAAUCAGCAGGAUGAAAAAAGACAAUAUGAAGCUCAAACAUUCUCCUUCUAAGACCUUUCAAAAAUCUGUUGUGAAAAAGACCAAAGCCUUUCAAAAGCAAGGCAGCAUGGAGCUGAGCACAAUCACUGAACAGAGGUCAUCUCUAAGGAAGAAGGCUGAAUUGACCCAAAAAGUUGGCUCUGCAAAUAGUUCUCUGAACGAGACACCAGAGACGCUGAGCCAGAUUAGUUCAAUCAUGCCCUCUGAAGAAUAUACAGUGCUUUCACCCUCAUACAAGCAGACUCUUUCUAAGAGUCAGAUGGAUGCAACAUGGGAAUUAGCCGUGGACAAAGCAAGAGGUCAACCAGAUGGAGCAGAAGGAUCAUUUAGUAAGAAAACUCCCAAGCCAGCAAUAAAGCAGACUCUUGCUCCUGACAAAAAGAAAACUCUUGUUAAGGAAAAAGAAAAUACCAAAGCAAAAAAGAAGAAUGUUGCUGCCAAGUACAUUAAGGAUCCUCUGAACAAAGCUGUAAAUAAAAUGAAGGCCUUGAAAAGUAAGGAAGCACCAGAGAAAAAUCAAGGAGCCAAGCUUAAGAGGAAGUUUGAUGAACCUUUACCCGAUGAAACAACAGUUCCGAAGAAAGCAAAACUGACAUUUAAGGAGAAAAAGAAGGAGCGUAAAAUGAUGAAGGACAAUUACGACCUGAUCCAUUCAGCCAAGUUCAUCUGGGAAGAACUAAGAAAACUGAACCUUCCCCAGGAAAGGCGAGAAGAGCUGUGCAAGAGUUUGUUUGAUAAGGUGCAAGGGAAAGUCAAAGAGCUGGCAGUUGUCCAUGACUCUGCAAGAAUUAUCCAGUGUCUGGUAAAAUAUGGAGUACCUGAAAACAGGGCAGUAGUCCUAGAAGAACUAAAAGAUCACAUUGUUGAACUCUGCAAGUCAAAAUAUGCCAAGUUUAUAAUCCGCAAACUUCUGAAGUAUGGUACCAAGCAGCAGAGGACACAGAUCAUAAAGGCAUUCCAUGGUCAUGUGAGGAAGCUGGUUAGGCACAAGGAAGCUUCAGAUAUUGUAGAAUUUGCAUACAAUGACUUUGCAAAUGCUCACCAAAGACUUGGUCUGUUGGAAGAGUUCUAUGGACCAACUUUCGUGCUGUUCAAGACUCCAUCUAUAGCAAGUCUGGAUGAUUUCCUGAAGGAACAGCCAGACAAAAAAGACAUGAUAAUGAGCAAUCUUAAAGGCACACUGUUACCUCUUAUUGACAAACAGAUUCUCACUUACUCAUUGGUUCAUAAAAUAUUUUACGACUUUUUUAAACAUGCUGAUGUGGCCCAACAAAAGGAUGUAAUAGAGGCCCUUCGAGAAUCAAUUGUCCACAUGUUGCAUACACGAGAUGGUGUUCGUACAGCCAUGUGUUGUAUCUGGCAUGGAUCUGCUAAGGACCGGAAGCUGAUGAUCAAGAGCUUAAAGGGUCAUGUUGCAAAGAUCUGCCGUGAGGAGACAGGUCACAUGCUCUUGCUGGCUAUCUUUGAUGCUGUGGAUGACACUGUGCUGGUGCAAAAAGUCAUUCUUGAUGAGCUUCUGAAAAAUCUGGCUGAAGUUGUACAAGAUACCCAUGGGCGUAAAGUGCUGCUUUACCUGCUAAUGCAUCGUCAUCCUGUCCAUUUUUGUCCUGAUGUCAUCAGCAUCCUGCAGCAGGGUGAUGGCAACAGCACCAGCAAGAAAGAUGCAGCACUUCGUGCAAGGGAGCUACGUGAUCACAUAUCCCGUCCACUUUUAGCGUAUUUGGAGGGCAAUGUUCAAAAACUCAUCACCAACAGCUCCACCUCCUUGCUAGUAUUGGCUAUCAUCACACAUGCUUCUGGUGAUGUUACAAAUGCAAUGGAUGCUAUAGCCAAGGUGGUAGUAGAGUCAGCAGACCCCACUAAGACAGCAAAUCCCUCUGGAGAGUCUGUCAUUAAUGUUUCUGAAGAUACCGCUGGCCAUCUUGUACUUAAAAAACUAAUCCUUAAUGACAAAGAACGCUUACAGCAAGGCAAAAGUGGCCUGUUCUCUGUGAUCUUGUUGAAUGCUGCCAGAGAUGCAACUUUUAAAUCUUGGGCUGCUAGCAAUCGUGGCUGCUUCAUUCUUGUCAGCCUUUUUGAAACAGAAAUUCCAGAGGUGACUGAGAUGCUGCAAACAUGGCUAGAUUCACUAAAAAAACAUUUAAAAAAGAUGACUUUCAAAGGUGCCGAGAUUCUUUUGCAGAAACUAGAGGGGAAACAAUCUCAUGGAAUGACAUCCAGGAAAGAGAUCAGUUUGUGAAAAAGAAUCUUGUGAAAAGAAACGUGAAAUUUAAGCAUAGUUGGAAGACUAACCAUUGAAGGAUGGACAAAAGCUGUUCCUGGCUUACUUGACAAUGCAGUUUCAUUGGCCACCAAAAUGAGAUUGGAGAAAGAGAAGGCUAAGACUAUGUAGAUAUCAGUAGAUAAAUUUUAACUUUAGGUGCACAGAUAGUUAGUCCUCAUUUAAUUUUUGAAUUUUAUGUUUGAAGCAUUUUGUUUGACAUGCAGUCCUGAGAUGGUUUUCAAUGCAGGAGAUCUGAAGUCCCAUGAAAAUCAAUCUUAGUUAAAAGAAAUUCAAGCAUCGUUUCUCCAUCAUGUUUCAAGCCAUGGCUAGUAUUUUAGCAAAGCUAUUGAAAGCAAAAUUUUAAUGUUGAGUAUUUCUUAAGUGUAAUCUUAAUUGAAAUACUGAACUUAUUUCCUGGAAAUAUAAUGGCAGCUUAAUGUUGCGAGUGUAAGUGUAUGGUUACCUAGACUGCUAAUGUUUAAAGUACAACAGUAAUAUAUGUCAGCAGUUGUAACAUUGGAUAAACUCCUAUAGGCUAUUUCACAAAUUAUAGUAGCCUCUAUAAUUAUAAAUUUGCAUUUUGAAAUGUGGAUAAAAUAACUGUUUAAACACCUCAUUUAGGUUUCACCUUGAUGGAAGACUGAUGUGCCUGCAGAAUGUUUUUGGUGGGGUGGGUAGUUGCACGUGGAGUGAAGUGGAGUCUUAUUACAACCUUGCAACACCACAACACCUGAAUGCUUUUCACUCAAAACUUUUAUUUAAAGAGAUCUUGAUUUAAUAAUAAAAUUCAGUUUUCAAUAUCUACAAUUAUCACAGACCAUAAAUGUUCCUUUUCUUUUUUUUAAAAAAAGUCUGCAAAAAGAAAUCUUGGCUUAUUUACAAAAAAGGGUAAAAAAAAGUAACAUCUUAAAAUGUGAUACAUUUACUGAACCAGUUUGUCUUAAUUAGUUCAGUACCGUUUAUACCCUUAUU